AUAGUUUGUGACACACCAUACGCGGAUUCAGAAUUGUAAUGCCGUUGCCAUCUGCAAUGUAAAGGCCUUCUCCAAUUUUGAAGUGUCGUCCUCGCGCCAUCCUCGUGAUUUCACGACCCAACUAUUUAGUUGUUUAUUUAUUAAUUUGAACGAGGAGUAAUAGGUGAAUGCAUAACCGGGAACCUGUUCUGAGCUUACUUAGCAGUCCCUUACUCUGGUUCACCUCUCUCUCUCUCUCGCCCCGGCGUCUGAUGGAUUCAUCCCCAAUGGCGGAGACAGAUGCUUCCGCGGCACCUCCUUCUGUAUCGGCUCCUUCCUCCUCUUCGCAGAAGGAGAAUUUGGCGCCUCUUACCUCAAGGAUAGCGGAGCUGAAGGAGUCAAAGGCGGAUCUGUUGGGUCGGAUUCAAGGUUUAAAAAAGGAUUUGCAGGAUUGGAGGUCGAAGCUCGACACACAAGUUAAAACCUACCGGGAGGAACUCACAGACCUGAAGAAGACUCUGAUUGUUGAGGUUGAGCAGCUAAAAUCGGAAUUUCAAGAACUGAGGAAUACUUUGCAACAACAGCAAGAUGAUGUUGCGAACAGUUUAAACAAUUUAACGAUGAAGGAAACGCCAGAAGUGGAUGCUACAGAUAAGGAAGAAAACAAGUAGUUUUAUCAAGAGAUUUUGUCAGAGUCCAAAGUUUGUUUAUCUUUUCCGUGGACAAAUUCUGUGGGUCUUAUUUGUGUAAUUUAAGCAGGAAUGAGGAACCUAAACUUCUUUAAACAGCCAAGCAAUUUGUAAUUGUGGUCUUUCAAUGGUUAUUGUACGGCCACAAUUGGAGAGCAGGUGGUAAGCGUAGAGCUGUGAAGAUUGUUUAGUUCCUCUUGCAGGACGCAGAGGUGGGGAUCACCCAUGGUCUAUCUCAGAAUCUACAUAUAUUAAACGGCCAGGUCCCUGGAGUGUUUUCUUGUGUUUGUGUAAAAUCAGAUAUCAUUGUCUUAAUCAUCGUGAUCACGUUCUGUUCCCAACAUACAGAGGUUUAUAUAUAUAUAUAUAUAUAUAUAUAUAUGGUUAACUGCUUUUGAUCUA